CCCCGAUGGAGCAGAUGUUACCAUGAGACGAAGCCGCUGCUGCUGCUGCUGCAACAAGCGACGCGGAGGGGGGGGGGGGAGAGACGCGUCUUGGAUCGCCGUGAACCAGUACGCAUGCGCCAGCCGCUCCAUUUACUGUAUCCACCGUGGUGGUGAAAAAUGGGCAGGCAACAAACCCCAAGAUUUCUAAGCGCAAAACUGACUUCUGCAAUGUAAAUAGCCUCCAGGGGGAUAGCAAAAUAGGAUUAUCAGCAGGUAGGUUUUUUUUUUGUAUUGAUCCCGUUGACUGUGUUGUUCGCCUUUGCGUCCUUGUCUUCUACGCAUCUUCUCCGGGUGCUGUAGUCGCUUCAUAGCGGAUACUUGGGGGAUUAUUCCGUCUAAUGGACGUGCGGAGCCGCUACACUGUAUGCUUUCUCCAACUGCCUACCGUUUGAGAUGCAACGGCAACGGUGAUUUAUUUUUGUUUUUGCAACAUCAUCGACUGAAAUUACAUAAAUCAAAAGGGAUUUCUAGGUGUGAUGAGACAAAGGAACAAAGGAUGCCUUAGAGGAGAGGUGGCCUACACGUGUGGAAACCUCUUCCAGCGCCCACCGCCCAAUGGAUCUAUGGUCCCCACCGGCUGCCUCUAGGUCAUGAUACUCGGCUGAAGCUGUUAAGCCGCUAUCUUUAUGAUCCCUCCUCCAUCUAUGGCGAACUACAGCCAUGCAGGGGACACCACCAUCUUGCAGAACGUCUCGCCGCUCGCCACGUUCCUCAAACUGACCUCGCUGGGCUUCAUCAUCGGCGUCGGCGUGGUCGGCAACCUCCUGAUCUCCAUCCUGCUGGUGAAAGACAAGAGCCUGCACCGGGCGCCCUACUACUUCCUGCUGGACCUGUGCGCCUCCGACAUCCUGCGCUCGGCCAUCUGCUUCCCGUUCGUCUUCACCUCGGUGAAGAAUGGCUCGGCGUGGACGUACGGCACGCUCACCUGCAAAGUGAUCGCCUUCCUGGGCGUGCUCUCGUGUUUCCACGCGGCGUUCAUGCUCUUCUGCGUGAGCGUCACGCGCUACCUGGCCAUCGCCCACCACCGCUUCUACACCAAGCGGCUCACCUUCUGGACGUGCCUGGCCGUGGUGUGCAUGGUGUGGACGCUGUCGGUGGCCAUGGCCUUCCCGCCCGUGCUGGACGUGGGCACGUACUCGUUCAUCCGCGAGGAGGACCAGUGCACCUUCCAGCACCGCUCGUUCCGCGCCAACGACUCGCUGGGCUUCAUGCUCCUGCUGGCCCUCAUCCUGCUCGCCACGCACCUGGUCUACCUCAAGCUCAUCUUCUUCGUGCACGACCGGCGGAAGAUGAAGCCCGUGCAGUUCGUGCCGGCCGUCAGCCAGAACUGGACCUUCCACGGCCCCGGGGCCAGCGGGCAGGCGGCGGCCAACUGGCUGGCGGGCUUCGGCCGGGGCCCCACGCCGCCCACCCUGCUGGGCAUCCGGCAGAACAGCAACGCGGCCGGGCGGCGCCGGCUGCUGGUACUGGACGAGUUCAAGACGGAGAAGCGGAUUAGCAGGAUGUUCUACAUCAUGACCUUUUUCUUCCUGGCGCUGUGGGGCCCCUACCUGGUGGCCUGCUACUGGCGGGUGUUUGCCAGGGGCCCCGUGGUCCCCGGGGGGUACCUGACGGCGGCCGUGUGGAUGAGCUUCGCCCAGGCAGGGGUGAACCCCUUCAUCUGCAUCUUCUCCAACCGCGAGCUGCGUCGCUGCUUCAGCACCACGCUGCUGUACUGCAGGAAAUCCAGGUUACCACGGGAACCAUACUGCGUUAUAUGAAGGCUUCGGGCUGUGUCUUGGCUCUUAUUUUUCUGCUUCUUCUGCUUCUUCUUCUUCCUCUUCUUCUUCUUCUUCUUCUUCUUCUUCUUCUUCUUCUUCUUCUUCUGCUCGUUCUUCUUCUCUACCCCAACCCACUCCUCUGUCGCUCUAUUUACCUGAUUGAUCUGAGAGCUGGGGCGUGCUCCCAUUAUACAGAGGGCUCUCCUUUACUCCCCCUUUAUCUCUCUCCAUCUCCUUUUCUCCCCCUUUAUCUCUCUCUCUCUCCUUAUCUCCCCCCCCCCCUCUCUCUCUCUCUCUCUCUCCUUAUCUCUCUCUCCCUCUCGCUCUCCUUCUCCCUCUCUUUACCUCACUCUCACCCUCGCUCCUUCUCUCUCUUUUUCUCUCCUUAUCCCUCUCUCCCUCUCUUCCUCUCUCCUUACCCCUUUCUCUCUUUCUCUCUCUCUCUCUUUCUCUCCCUCUCUCUCUCUCUCUCUCUCUCUCUCUAUUUACCAGAUUGAUCUUAGAGCUGGGGCGUGCUCCCAUUAUAUAGCGGGCUCCCUCCUUCUCUCGCUCUCUCCUUCACUCCCUCUCUUUCUCUCUCUCGCUCUCUCUCUCUCUCUCUCUCUCUCUCUCUCUCUCUCUCUCUCUCCUCAUCCUCUCCGUUGUUCUCAGCCUCCUCCUCCUCCUCCUUCCUCCUUCUUCUCCUCAUCUUUUCUUCUCAGAGGUAGAACUUGGACUGUCAAUCACAGGGCUCCCCCACCCCCUCCCCCCUCCACCCCCCUCCCCCCUCCACCCCCUCGACACUUUCCGAGGUGAUUGAAGAUCCAACAUGGAGGUUAGAAAGGAAUGCAAUCCGCCGGAGAGUUCGGUCCACUCCUCUGUUUAUGUUCUAGUAAACAAAACUCUGUGGCCAUGGCAGUGCAGAGGAGAUACCAUUUGGGACCGGGAUGACGGGGGGGGGGGGGGGAAUUAUCGUUGAAAACAUUGAUGACAAAAUAGGACUGACUCCUCCCUGUAGCUUUUGGGAAUUUUUUGCCACAUAAAGAUAACGCAAUGAAUGAAGUGAGGUAAUGAGAAAAGCUGAAAUCUGAAAAGAAAAGAAAAAUCAAGAAACAAAAAAAAUGAGUACCUCUCAAGGAAUCACUGGAAAUGUUUUACAUUUUAACAGUUGCACUAAAAUGAAGAUGUAAAGAAGAUGCUUUUUUUUCCGGGGUCAGCAGUUGCCAGUUUGCUUUGCAAGGACAACAUGUUUUCGGUAGUUUUUUCUCUCCAGACUAAACAAUGAAUGCUUUAAUUUGCAAAAGACUUCACAAUCGCUGUAAAGUUAAAAGCAAAUCGUGGUGACUUUUGGAAUACACCAUCACAGGAGGAUUAAAAUGGUUUAAAUGUAAGUGAUAUUCUUUUUUUCUCUCAUUUCCGGGGGUUGGGGCUUUACAAAUGUGUGGGGUCUUUUGCAGUUGCAACUUAAGAAAAAAAAAAUCUAGAAAAUAAUUUCUUGUAGUUUUACGAUCCAUAUGUCCUUAGUGUCUGGCAUUGUUAUUUUCUUAUCACCUUUAAAAAGAAAAAAAAAGAAAAAGAUAAAAAACAAGAGCUUCAAGAUGAUGAAAUGGUGUUUGGUUGCUUUUUUAAAGAAACAGCGUUGUGCUUCAAAAAAACAUAACAAAAGAAAAAACACAACAGUGAAGAACUGGUUCAAUGUUUGCUCAUAUUCAUGUUACCUGAAACACUGACAUUCUUGUUACAGUAUUGCCAAUGCCACCCAGGUGUUAUUUUGCCUUAAUGUUUAAUGAUAUUGCCAUGAUUUCCUUUUUUUGUUUUUUGGGGGGUGGGGGGGGGGGGGGGGGGAUCAGGUGGUUGUUUGGAGGGGUGUGUGUAUUUACUUUGAUUCACUCCUGAGGAGAACUGUGUGUUUCUAACACGUGAUGGGGUGGGGUGGGGGGAGUCUUGUUUCACAUCGAUGUGAAGUGCAUGUCCAUCUUCAAAACACUGGUCCACUCCCAUAAGCAUCACAGGCCAUACACUGAGCAGCCGUUUUUGUUCUGCAAUAGUUUGUUACACCCCGCAGUGUGCUCACAGCACAGGGAGUGUGUGUGUGUGUGUGUGUGUGUGUGUGUGUGUGUGUGUGUGUGUGUGUGUGUGUGUGUGUGUGUGUAUGUGUGUGUGUGUGUGUGUGUGUGUGUGUGUGUGUGUGUGUGUGUGUGUGUGUGUGUGUGUGUGUGUGUGGGCGUGUGGGCGUGUGUGUGGGCAUGCACACGGUUAAACGUGCGCAUGAGUGUAUGUGUGUGUGGGGGGCAUGCACAUUGCUGAAUGCGUGCAUGUGUGUGUGUGUGUGUGUGUGUGUGUGUGUGUGUGUGUGUGUGUGUGUGUGUGUGUGUGUGUGUGUGGGCGUGCACACAGCUUAAAGUGUGUGUGAGUGUGUAUGUGUGAGUGAGUGCGUGUGUGUUUGGGCAUGCACAUGGUUAAACGUGUGCACGGCGGUAUGUGUGUGUAUGGGGGGCGUGCACAUGGCUUAACGUGUGCUUGUGUCAAUGUGUGUGUGUGGGCGUGCACAUGGCUAAACGAUUGCAUGCGUGUGUGUGUUCAAGUCUGUGCAUGACAGAGUGCGCUCAUGAGUGUGAAUGUGUGUGCAGUGGGUGCAGAGUCAGACAACAGUCACUUCAAGACCAGAGCCUUAGGAUGAAAUAUUGCACAAUUUGUAAAAAAAAUAAAAAUCUAAAAGGUAACAGAAAAAACUAAACAUGAAAAAAAAACAUUUAAGGCACACGUCUUGUUUUUACCUUCCCUAUAUUUGCUCUCUACUGAUUGUUUUCAAGAAGUUACUUUUUCUCUUGUGGCCAUUUUAAUAUUUAUUAUGUAUUAUUUUUUUGUAUAUUAUAGAUAGAUUGUGUGUAAGUAUGUGAGUCUUUCAUUUUGAAGUCCCGAAUGUGAGUACAGUUUCGGUUUAGGAUUGCAUUUGCUGAAAGUUAACUGUGUAAUCUGUUGCUUACAUUUUUGAAAAAUAAAAAUUUUCCAUUUUGCAAAA